GUCGGCAGCCACCAUCACACCAACCUCAAUGAAAACAUAUCACCUCUAGCUGGAAGGCUAGUUACACCUCACCGCCGCUGAAUCACCUGACAGCCCCAAACCCGCAGCAGGUUAAUUCGACACGUGCAUGAACUGGGAUGUCUGCAGCCGACUGGUACGCCCACAAGUCGCUGGGAGACGGACUCUUCUGGAUCCAGGAGCGAUUCUACCAGUCGGAGAACCGGGCCAACAUCUGGCUGCUCCGCGGCUCGCACCAGGACGUGGUGAUAGACACCGGGCUGGGCUUGAGGAGCUUACCUGACUACAUAGACGGCAAGGGGCUGCUGGGCGAGGACCCGCAGAGGAAGAACCCGCUGCUGGCCAUCGCCACCCACGCCCAUUUCGACCACUCGGGCGGUCUGCAUCAGUUCCAACAGGUGGGCGUCCACAGCGCCGAGGUCGAUGCUUUGGCCAACGGAGACAACUUCGAGACGGCCACCUGGCUCAGCGACAGAGAGAUAGCCGAGGCUCCCAGUCCGGGAUGGAGGGCCAGGCACUACAAAGUCAAGGCUGUGCAGCCCACACACAUCCUGCAGGAGGGUGAUGUCAUCAACCUGGGUGACAGACAGCUGACGGUGCUCCACAUGCCCGGUCACUCGCGGGGCAGCAUCUGCCUCCAUGACCGUGACAAUAAGUUGCUCUUCAGUGGGGAUGUGGUGUAUGACGGCGCCAUGAUUGACUGGUUGCCCUACAGCCACGUCAAUGACUACAUCAGCAGCUGUGAGCGCCUGGUGGGGCUGGUGGACAGCGAACAGGUUGACCAAGUCCUCCCAGGACACUACAACACCUUUGGCGCAAAGCGGCUCCAUCGGAUUGCAUCCACAUAUAUCAGCAGAGCUGGAACGUGCCCUGCAAAGUUCUCCACAUUUGCCUGGGGUACUCUGGCGGGGGUGGCGCUGCGGGCAUAUAACCCACGUAGUGCCUGCUAAUGAGAGGGGAUCAUGGAGCUGGAGGGAAGCACAAGUGCACAAAGAAAGAUGUUUAGAUAUGGAGGGGAGACAGCCCUUAUUUAUCUGUAACUUGAUGUAACAUUUUUCAUUCACUUAUGUAAUCCAACAAAAUAUAUUAUAAUUGCCAAACUUUGUGUAAAAUGCCCCGAUUGGGUUACAUAAGUCAAUAAUCAGCAUCAUAUGAAGCAUAUAAUAUAAAGUAUUUAUAGUGUGAUUCUGUUCUAUAUUAAUGAAUAUGUAUUUGUUGGAUUGAAUAUGGUUAUAUGUUUGAUUUUUAUACUUUAAGCAGUUGUGAAAUUAUAAUAGCACAACAAUGGUACAGCUCUGCACUGCAAACAGAAAGCAGAGUCAGUAUGGCCAUAGUAUUUCUCUAUGCAUUUUACAAUGCUCAGUGAAGGCUCAGUGUCGACUACCUCCAACGUUUGUAACAGUGCUUUGUACUAUUGGCAAAUCUACGGCUUUGGUAUCGAAACAUUGACAAUAAAGCCUCUGUUCUACCUGCCUUUCUUGAUGCAUCCACAAGACAGACAACUGCAGCGUCUGUGUGAAAUUUUAUCUUCAGGUGUUCACAUAAGAUGGGAUCUCCUGUGGGAUUUAGCUGCUGGAGGGAGAAAGAGAGGAAUAGAAUUGGAUAGAAGAUGAUCCAUCAUGUGCUCAAAGUGCAGAGCACUUAAAGUACUUUAGUGAUCUAACAGAAAGCUCUCCCACUGCAGGAAAAGUGUACGUGGUGGAAAAGAAAGAAAGUUUCCUUGAGCCUUGUUUCAGCUUACUAUACAGAAAUUAAACACAGGGUGUGUUUGACUUGUUAUAACUCAAAUAUUCUGUGCUACUGUGUCAAUACAAGUAAAGAAUGUAUUCAUAUAUUAAUCACACUGUAAGACACAGGAUUAAUGAUUUCAUCUAAAAAGGUUAUGCCAUUAACAGAUUUAUUAUGUAAUAUUCCAGAGUUCAAAAUACUGUAUUUAAUUGUUAACAACUAGAAUUACCACCUCAUGUUUGUUUGCCUCAGCAAACCAGUCAAGUUGCAGGUACAGUUUACAUCCACGUCUUUCCAGACUCAUAUGUAGCCAUGACAGUAGACUGUGGUUUAAAUUUGGAUGCUGCUAACGUAGAUGCUUCACACACACAUAUUUAACCUGGCAGCACAGAUCUAUGCAGUCAGCACAUUUUUAAGGUGGGCACCUGAGAUUAGUGUCACCAAUUCAGUUUGUGACCAAAUGUCUUUCCUUCUGUUCCUGAGUUAUGAUGUUAAAUAAUGGCCAGAAGUGUUUUUGCAGAACACUAUGAUGUCACAGUGAAGCUGACCUUUGACCUUUUGGAUAUAAAAAUGUCAUCACUACAUAAUGUUGUCCUGUUGGACAUUUGUGUGAAAUUUUGUUUAAUAAUUAGCAUAUGAAUUCUUGAAUUCUGGCCAAAAAUGUGUUUUGUGCGCUCACAGUGACCUUCGACCAUUAAAUUCUAAUCAGUUCAUCUUUGAUUCA